CGUAAUUUGCAAUGCGCAGGCGCAUCACCUGGCGGUAGAUUCGAGUGAGAGAGGGAGCGGGUGGAAGUGGAGUUAGGGGAAUGAGACAUAGAGAAGUACUGCGAGUGUUUCCCAGUUAAAGGUCCGGAAAUGCCGUGAAGGGAUUGGGGUAACGAGACUUUGGUCUACUCCCUGUACCGUAGGGACAGAAGAGAAAGAAAGAACGAAAGAGAGGACUAGAGGGGAGGGCCUGAGGGACAGGUUCAGUCGAGGACUGAGAUUGGGAGAGUGGAUCAGGCUCUGGCACAGGGACAUUGAGCUUCCCUCUAUGGAUUUACAUAGGGCCUCAACUAUAAUCAAGGGAUUGUAAUAGUGAAAAUCAAAUGAGAGAGGGAUUCAUGUUAUUAGGCCGCAUUUCUAAACAGUUUGAGUUUGACAGACCAUGCUUUGUUCCACUUAAUUAUAUUGAAGAAUAAGGCAAAUCAAGAAUUUUAGUGACCUGAUCAAUUAAUGGAUUGUGAGCUAACCUUGUUACAUUUGAUUGUGUAUGCACUGUAAUUGAGAUUAAUCAUAUUCAUUGAUAACUAAAGAAUAAUUGAUACUGAAACACAAAAUUUGACAUUGUGAAAAGAGAACUCUAUUCUUAAUAACAUUAUUAAAAAUAAUUAUUGAUUAAAGAGAGGGAGUAAACCAACUUGAUAUUAGAUUGAAGCACUAGAUUGAAAUGGGGUUUCUAAGGGCACAGGAAUUGUUUACCAGUAAUCUAUAAAGUACUCCACGUUUAUCUGAAAAGGCCAAGAUAUUAAGAGCAAACUCCAUUCAAAGGAAGCUGGAGAAGAAUUGCUACAUAACGUUAGACCUGAUAAUUUGACUCACUGAAGCACUGAAUCAACUGCUUGACAAUGGAAUAGAUGAAGAAGUCUCACUGGUCAGUGAUUAUGACCGAGAAGUUGGAUGAGACAUAGCCGAGCACAGGAGUCUUUCUUUUCAAGUAAAAUACAUCAUGGAAUUUUGAGAGAGAAGAAACUUGAUCGAAUAAGUUGUUAAAUUGCAUUGACAUCUGAUUUUUAAAAAAUGAGAAGAAGUCUAGCCCCAAGUCAGCUUGCCAAGCGAAAGCCAGGAUGUUUGUCGGAUGACGAUGAUGAUGUGAGUCCAAAACGGCGCAAACUGGCAUGGCAGCGAGACAAUGGUGAAAAUUUUAUGUCACCAUUUCGGAAACCACUAGCACAACUAACUAAUCGACCCAUGUGUCUUGACAGCAGCCAGCAUGAGGCUUUCAUUCGUAGCAUCCUGGCCAAGCCUUUUCGAGUGCCUAUUCCAAAUUAUACAGGUUCCCUUGGCCUGAAGGCAUUGGGGAUUAAGCGUGCAGGAGCCAGGCGAUCUCUUCAUGAUCCAUAUGAAGAAGGUGCUUUGGUACUUUACGAACCUCCACCUUUGAGUGCACAUGACCAACUAAAAGCUGACAAAGAAAAGCUUCCAGUACACGUGGUGGUUGAUCCUAUCUUGUCCUCUGUCUUAAGACCGCAUCAGAGAGAGGGUGUGAAGUUCAUGUGGGAUUGUGUGACAGGCCGUCGUAUUUCUGAUGGCUUUGGCUGCAUAAUGGCUGAUGAGAUGGGGCUGGGAAAGACAUUACAGUGCAUUUCCUUGAUGUGGACCCUCUUGCGUCAAAGUCCAGAUGCUAAGCCAGAAAUUGACAAAGUCAUUGUUGUGACUCCAUCCAGUUUGGUGAAAAACUGGUACAAUGAGGUUGAGAAGUGGCUGGGAGGAAGGCUGCAAGCAUUGGCAAUUGAUGGAGGCUCUAAGACUGAAAUUGACCAGAAACUGGCCGCGUUCAUGAACCAGCGUGGGUUGCGGAUUCCAACUCCAAUUCUUAUCAUUUCUUAUGAGACAUUCCGGCUACAUGCUGAUGUGCUUUGCAAGGGUGCUGUCGGCUUGGUCAUUUGUGAUGAGGGCCACAGGUUAAAGAAUUCAGACAACCAGACAUACCAGGCUCUGAACAAUCUAAAUGCUAAGCGCCGUAUAUUGAUCUCCGGAACUCCAAUCCAGAAUGACCUCCUGGAGUACUUCAGUCUUGUACAUUUUGUUAAUGCAGGAAUACUUGGAACUGCACAGGAAUUUAAAAAACGCUUUGAAUUGCCCAUCUUGAAGGGCCGGGAUGCAGAUGCAAGCGACAAUGAAAGACAGCAUGGAGAGGAGAAACUAAAAGAGCUGAUCAGCAUUGUGAAUAGAUGUUUAAUUCGAAGAACAUCAGAUAUUCUCUCCAAAUACCUGCCAGUGAAGAUUGAGCAGAUUGUCUGUUGCAGACUCACGCCUCUGCAGUCAGAGUUAUACAAGUUGUUCCUAAAACAAGCCAAACCAGCAUUAGAAAUGGAACAAGCUCAAAGUGGGAAGAUGAGUGUCUCCUCUCUGUCUUCAAUUACUUCACUAAAGAAGCUUUGUAACCAUCCAACACUGAUCUAUGAGAAAUGUGUGGAAGGUGAAGAAGGAUUUCAGGGAGCACUCGAUCUCUUUCCUAUGGGAUAUAGCACAAAAUCUGUGGAACCUCAGUUGUCUGGCAAGAUGCUCACCCUUGAUUAUAUUUUGGCCAUGACUCGAAGUACUAGCUCUGAUAAGGUGGUGCUGGUAUCAAACUACACUCAGACUCUCGAUUUGUUUGAGAAGCUCUGCAGAGACAGAAAAUACCUGUAUGUUAGAUUGGAUGGUACCAUGACAGUAAAAAAGAGGGCCAAAAUUGUGGAACGUUUUAAUAAUCCCACAAAUCCUGAAUUUAUCUUCAUGUUGAGUAGCAAAGCUGGUGGUUGUGGCUUGAAUCUGAUUGGUGCAAACCGGUUAGUCAUGUUUGAUCCUGACUGGAAUCCGGCUAAUGAUGAACAAGCAAUGGCUCGUAUAUGGCGAGAUGGACAGAAGAAAAUGUGCUACAUCUACAGGCUUUUGUCGACAGGGACAAUUGAGGAGAAGAUCUUCCAGCGUCAGACUCAUAAAAAGGCUCUGAGUAGCUGUGUAGUGGAUGAGGAGCAAGACGUUGAACGACAUUUCUCCCUCGGAGAACUUAAGGAGCUCUUUAGUCUAAAUGAGACCACAGCCAGUGAUACGCACGAUAGGUUGAAAUGUCGCCGCUGUGUAAAUGGACACCAGCACUACGGAAUGACCUUUCGUCUCCUUUUGGAGACAGGCUGAGCAGAGGGAGGACUGACAAUAUGUCUGGCUAAGGCUUCAGGUCAGUUUUAUGUCUUCUUACACAGUGGCUAAUAAUGACAGGCAUAUGCUUCCUUAACCUCCUACAUUAUCUACAUGUCCUGGUCCCUUCAAAGAUCUGUGGACCUGCACACCAAGGUGCCUUUGAUAUGCUAAAUGGUAAGACACUGAAAAUACAUGCGAACGCUGUUGCCUUGAUAGUCUUCCCAAAAUACAACCCUCACACAUUGUUUUUGCCACUGUUCAGAGCAAUAUACACAGGCUGUAGUCUCCGGAUUUCCUUGCCAUCUGUGAACAUGCUGAUCAUGCCUUAUUCCUUCAUGUCUUCCCUUGCCAUAAUAAGCAUCCUUCCUGUUUAACUGUACAACAGGGUGCUGUAAAAAUAGAAAUAUCAAAGAACACAAAAAUUCAGUCUUCACCCUACGUUAAUUGCUGAGAAAGCUAGAUACAUAUUAUUAUUAAUGCAAUCAGACUUCCAAAGCACAAGGCAAAACGUUUCCUGAAUUCAAAAGAAAGGUGAGUUUGUGUCAAGGUUUAAGUUCUUGAGCAUCUGAAAUACUGAUUGUCAGAAGAGUACUAAACUCCAUACAUUCAGGCCCCACUCGUCUCUCCUAUGAGAAAUAUUCAGGCUAAAUGGCAUCAAGAUGAUCGGUACAAACAGUAUAAAGGACACCUAAAAAAAGCCUUACAACUUCUACAUUGUAGAUCAUCUCUCUUGGUAAACCUUGCAGCUGGCCAAAUACAUGGAAGACAGCUGUAAAAUUUUAGUUCAGAAAGUUAAGGACCAUCUGUGCCAAACACACAACAUUCAAAGUAUCCAAAGUUGAUGCAGCUGCAGAAGUUUCCCCCAGCACCGAAAAUCACAGAAUUAA